AUGGAUUUUGAGGAAGCUGAAGAUAUCAAUGGUAUUAGAUUUGCAUGGAAUGCAUUUCCAUCCACCAAAGUCGAAGCAGGAAAGGUUGUUGUUCCUACUGGAGCAUUAUAUACACCAUUGAAGCAACGUGAAGACUUGCCCAUUGCUGCUUAUGAUCCCAUUUAUUGUUCUAAUCAAUCAUGUAAACUGAUUCUUAAUCCAUAUUGUGCUGUUGAUCCCAAUGGGUUUUGGCGUUGUCCCUUGUGUCAAUAUAGAAACCCUUUACCAGCUCAUUAUCAUGGGUUGAAUCCAGAGAAUUUGCCCCUUGAAUUACAAAGCACUUCUUCUACAAUCGAAUAUAUCACUGCUAGACCAGUCCAAAACCCACCUAUUUUCACUUUUGUCAUUGAUUUGUGCCAGGAUGAAGAUAAUUUGCAAGCUUUGAUUGAAGAUAUUAUUGUUAGUUUUAAUUAUUUACCUCCUAACGCCUUGAUUGGGUUGAUUACUUUUGGUACCAUGAUUCAAGUUCAUGAUUUGGGUAGUGACAAAAUCAACAAGAGCUAUAUUUUCAGAGGUGAUAAGGAAUAUACUGACAAGCAAAUAUCAGAGAUGUUGAAUCGUCCAAUUUCUGCCCAAUUAAUGCAACAACAGCAACCAGGACAAAUUAAUCCACAACUUGCUAAUUCAUUGACAAGAUUCUUUUUACCAUUAGAGGAUGUUGAGUUUCAAUUAACUAGUAUUUUGGAGAAUUUGAGCAAAGAUCCUUGGGCAGUUGCCAAUGGUGCUAGACCUUUGAGAAGUACUGGAAGUGCCUUAAACAUUGCUGUCAAUUUAUUAGGGUUAACUUACCCAGGGUUUGGUGCCAGAGUUAUGUUAUUUGCUGCUGGUCCAUGUACAUUGAAUCCAGGAAUGAUUGUUGGAAAUCAAUUGAAAGAACCAAUAAGAUCGCAUUCAGAUAUCGAUAAAGACAAUGCUAAACAUUUCAAAAAAGCUACUAAAUUCUAUGAAAAUAUAGCUGCUAAAGCUGUUAAGAAUUGUCAUACAGUAGACAUUUUUGCUGGUUGUUACGAUCAAAUUGGUAUGUUGGAGAUGAAGAAUUUAUGUAAUUUAACUGGUGGGACCUUGUUGUUGACAGAUGCUUUUACUACUUCUAUUUUCAAGAGAUCAUUCCUAAGAUUAUUCAACAAGGAUGACGAAGGGUACCUUUUGAUGGGAUUCAAUGGUAACUUGGAAGUUAGAACUUCUAAAGAAUUGAAAAUCAGUGGGUUAAUUGGUAAUGCAUCGUCAUUACAAGUUAAAUCAGCAAAUGUUCUGGAGAAUGAAUUGGGAUUAGGAGGCAGUUCAAGUUACCGUUUGUGCUCGACAUCACCAAGACAUACCUAUGCAGUGUUUUUCGAUGUGGUCAACAAUCAGCAAUUGCCACCAAAUGCUCAAAGUUAUAUUCAAUUUAUAACCCAUUACCAACAUUCGAGUGGUACUUAUAGAGUUCGAGUCACCACUGUGUCGAAUUUCUUGACCAGUGACGAACAAACUUUGACCAACUCUUUUGAUCAAGAGGCAGCUGCUGUGUUGAUGGCAAGAAUUACAUUGUUUAAAGCCGAACAAGAUGAUGGAGCCGAUGUGUUACGUUGGGUUGACAGAAUGUUGAUUAGAUUAUGCCAAAAGUUUGCUGAUUAUAGAAAAGAUCAACAAGAAUCAUUUAGAUUGGGUCCUCAAUUUCAAUUAUAUCCUCAAUUUAUUUAUUAUUUGAGAAGAUCACAAUUCUUGCAAGUUUUCAAUAAUUCUCCUGAUGAAACUGCCUUUUACCGUCAUGUUUUGUUAGUCGAAGACACCAAUAACUCAUUAAUCAUGAUUCAACCUACAUUGACAUCAUUCACUUUGGAUGGCGAACCAGAAGCAGUGUUGUUAGAUAGUGUUUCCAUCAAAGAUGAUAGGAUUUUGUUAUUGGACACAUUUUUCCAUAUCUUAAUUUUCCAUGGUAAAACCAUUUCUCAAUGGCGUAAGGCAAAUUAUCAAGACUUGCCAGAGUAUAGUAAUUUCAAAGAAUUAUUGGAAUUUCCUAAAAAAGAAGCAGCAGAGUUAUUACACGAUAGAUAUCCAUUGCCAAGAUUUAUUGACACCGAAGAAGGUGGAUCACAAGCAAGAUUCUUGUACAGUAAAUUGAACCCAAGUGUGACUUAUAAUACUAAUGACUUUAUCGGUGGUGGUGCAGGAGGAGGUGCUAUUGUGUUGACUGAUGAUGUUAGUUUACAAGUAUUUAUGAGCCAUUUACAAAAAUUAGUAGUUUCUGGGUCUUCAUAA